UCAGCAAACGGUGUCGUCCCGAGAUCCCUCACAUUCCUUCGUAAAUCUACUUCCAGUUCGCACUUCACUUCGCUUUUUGGUCUUCCUUUCCCUUCUUUCAUCUAGGGUUCCUAAUAGCCAGUAGCUUCGGCCGCCCCAACCAGAGCUCCACACCCCCGCUAAGGAACGGAAGCAAGAAAAGAUGGCUUACGCAAUGAAGCCGCCGAAGCAGCAGGGUGUGGACGAACCCCAGGAGCAGAUUCACAAGAUCAGGAUCACCCUCUCCUCCAAAAACGUCAAGAAUCUCGAGAAAGUUUGUGCGGAUUUAGUUCGUGGUGCCAAGGACAAGCGUUUGAGGGUUAAGGGACCAGUGAGAAUGCCCACCAAGGUUCUGCACAUUACCACCAGGAAGUCCCCUUGCGGUGAAGGCACCAACACUUGGGAUAGAUUUGAGCUUCGUGUCCACAAACGAGUAAUUGAUCUCUUCAGCUCCCCUGAUGUUGUUAAGCAGAUCACCUCUAUCACUAUUGAACCUGGUGUGGAGGUUGAGGUUACCAUUGCAGAUUCUUGAAUAUAGACUACUAACAGUCUCACACUUCCAAUCACCUAGUUAAUUAGAUGUCCUUAGUUUCAGUUUCCCAGUUUUUUUGGAACAUGUCAAGCCUCAAGCUUGAAGGAUGCUGUUGGGUUAAUGCAUUACCUAUUUUUUAUGUGAAAGACUUGUGCAAGGAGGGAUUUUUUGUUUUGGUAUUUUUUUUCCCCGUAAAUUGAGGUUUUUGAAUUAUUAAUUACUGCUAUAUUUGAUGUUAAAUACCAUAAGAAAUGUUUUUUUGGUCA